CCCCCCCCAAGGACGGAAAUCCUAGAGGUUUCAAAAAGUCUUUCCACUUUAUACAAUAUGGGUCGUGGAAACAGCUGUGGUGGAGGUCAAAGCUCACUGAACUAUCUAUUUGGAGCUCCUCCUGCUCCUAAGCCCGCUCCAGCUCCUCCUGCAGAGACCGCUGCACCUGCACCAGCACCUGUGACUGCAACAGCUACAACUACUGUUGAGCCUGCAGAGCUCAACAAGCUGAUUCCCGCUGGUAUCAAAACUCCUGUUAACAACUACGCCCGUUCUGAAGGACAGAACACCGGAAACUUCCUCACUGAGCGUCCUUCGACCAAAGUUCAUGCAGCUCCUGGAGGUGGAUCAUCUCUCGAUUAUCUCUUCACUGGUGGCAAGUAAAAAUGCAAAUGCGUAUCCACCUCUGUGUUUUCACUAUAAAACUGUUUGAUGCGUGCCUUUAAAUGGUAACAAGUCAGUUUCUUGUCAACCUCUGUGUUCUGUAAUAUUCUGCUGAAAAAAUGUUCAAAAUCAUUUGAAUUGUAAACUUCCAAAGCAUGUUCAACUAAAUGACAACUUGUUUAUUACUCUGAAUCAAAUGGAUUCUAAAACCAAAUUACACUGUAACUAGUUCUGCAUAGAUAAAGUACAAGUCUCACAUUAUUUAGGAUGUUGAGGAGCAGAGAUGAUCCCCCAUUUUCUCUUGACUUGCUUCAAGUCUUCACUAAAGGGACGCUCA